CCUUGUCUUGCCUUUACAGAUGUUUCCUCUUAUUCUCUCUCCUCUCUACCUCUCUCAGUGACCAUCGACAGUCCCCUGACCCCUCUUUUCAUUCAGCUUCACUCCACCAUGUCCCAAGCACCCCUCCGGCUGCUGUGUGUUGCCCUGGUGCUCUUUGGGCAUGUGCAUGGGGCCACACUGAGAAAUGACAAAUGGAAGCCACUGAACAACCCCAGAAACCGAGAUCUGUUUUUCAGAAGCCUUCAGGCAUAUUUUAAAGGGAGAGGUCUUGAUCUUGGGAGGUUUCCAAAUACUUUCACCGUGAAUGAGAAUCCCAGACCUCUCUCUUUCCAAUCAGAACUUAUUGCUUCUGCAUUUGCAGAUUACGAAGAACAGAAAAAGUCCUUUCUAAACUACCUCAAAGGCUGAAAGUUUCUUCUGAGCUCAGGUUUCUGGCUAUUUUUAAACUACAGAUGAAUCUUCUCAUUACAAAAAUUUAACCACAAUUAAACUUUUGUGGAGUUUUUCCCCUCUUUUUUUAUUUGUCAAUUUGCAAUUAUUCUACAUUUCCAGAUUUAGAUAUAAAUAGCUGGAACUGUGUGACUUAUGUGGAUAUUAUUGGAGUGUUCUUCCCCUCUAUAACCAUAAAUAUUGACAUUGAGCACUAUAGUAUUUGUAGGAAUUACAAAACCACUACAAAGUGAAAAGAGAUGAUAAUCUUCUAAACUAGGUGGUUUCUUUAAGUUUGUUUUUAAAACUUGUCUUUUAUGUUUAUUACCUUUUUCCCGUUGCUAUUUUCAUUUGAAAGGGACAUACUCAUUUUACUAUAGUACAAUUCAUUAUAUGUAAUAGAGGUUUGGGUUUAACAUUUGUCUUUUUCUUUUUUCCUAAAAGGAAGAUGCAUUCCACUUUCAGUAUAUGUUAUUAAAAGACCUCACAGUUUUAGUCUCAUACCAAAUGGGAGUAAGUGGUAAAUAGCCACACUUAAGUUGAAAUGGAAAGCAAAGAAACAUGGGAUUCUCAGAGGUGUCAAGGUUUCUGGGAGAUCCUCUUUGCCAAAACAUUCAGAGGUAGACACCAGAUAUCCUAGCUAGGCCUCUCCUGAACACAGCCUCCUCAAGAAGGGAAAGUAGAACAGUUGAUUUCUUUUCCAGCUAAUCCCCUACGCCCACCCCAGCUCAUGCUGAGUUAUUCUGAUUCCCAUAUUCUCAUUCGCAUCUUUAUGGAUAGCUGCAUCAUUUUCUCUGUGAUUGCUGCAAAGGGAACAUUGUACUAGAAUGCAAACAUCAGUGUCCUAAUAACACUAAUGAGUAUAUUCCAAAAUAGUUUAUACUGUG